ACUCAUAACCGAAAUUGAAGAGAGAGGUUUUAGAGAGAGAAAGAGAGGUUUUAGAGAGAGAAAGUGAGAGCGAUGGUGGAGUUUGCUUCCUCUGAUUCUCACAAGCGAGAAUCCAACGGCUUCCUCGUCACGCUAUCGGCGAUCAUGGCUCUGUUGGCCAAGCGAGCCAGCCGUCUGAGGCUGAAAUCGUCGUCAUCGGCGACGAAAUCGAUCGACGACGACGAGUGGAGAAUCGAUCUGAGGUCACCGAAGCCGUGGCCGAAGAAGCUACUGAGCAGCAAGGCUCUGUUCGGUUGCGGCAAGAAGAAGGAAUCGGACGGCGGAGAAGGCUGGGGAAACGGCGGCGUUUGGCAGAGGGAGAUCUUGAUGGGAGGGAAGUGUGAGCCGUUGGAUUACUCCGGCGUGAUUUACUACGACGUCAACGGGAAGCAGACCAACGAACUCCCUCUCCGUUCACCACGCGCCAGUCCGAUGCCUGGUUAUCUCACUCGCAAUCGCCACCAGUAAGCGCGCGUGCGACGAUGGAUUUUGGACUGGCACGUGUGGCUUGUGUUCGCACGCGUAGUUUUUUAUUUUUUGGAUUUAUCGUCGUUUAGCGUUGUAGGUUGUUUCGUUUCGAUGGUGAAACUGAAAAAAGUUAGUCAGUUGUAUAGUUUGUGAUGUUCUUUCUGCGUGUGUGAGCUUGAUGAAGUCAUGAAGUAAAAAUACAUUUACUAUUUAGAUUUAUUGAUAUAGUAAACUAGUAUAUCUUUCAAUUUCAAGUCUUAUAAGAAGAGUUCUUGAGUUUGCGUCUCUGUAAAUGAAGCUUUGCAGCUAAAUCCAAGUAUUUGUCCGAGAGAGUUUUUAUAGUGA